AUGCUUGAGGACAUCGAGGUACUCUUCCACAGCGAACAGCCCAAGUCACCUGCUUUCGUGGAGCUUCAAACUAACCGGUUUCACAUGACCACAUUCGCCGUUUGUCUGAGUCGCCAGCGCAUGCUGGGCUUCCCGACGCCUACAGCCUUUCUUCUAAGCCGCAAGACUGCCGCUACAGCUGGGUGA